CGACCUUACAAAUGUUGAUUUUAUUUCUGCAAGUUUAAUAAUUGGUAAGACUCAAAUGAGUCAACAAUAAUAAUAUAGUAAUUUCUACGAGAGUGAUGGAACCAAGUUACCACGUCUCUCCCAGCCCUACACACAAACCCAAACGCGCACGCGCACACUUUGCUUCAUUCUAUAUUCUGGCGCCAGUUGUCAUCAAAAGCCGGUUGUUCUAACCCUGCGUCCAAAUAGAACUUUCCAACAGCUUGUUUAUAAAAUUAAAUAGGUUUUCUAGAAAUCUUUUUUGGAUGAGUAAAUGUUUUAUUUCUAAACUUUUGAAAUGAACUGUCUUACAGAAAUACCCUCAAAACAGCAGGUUAAAACUUAACCCAUGCUUUGUCAGUUCUAAUCGAGCUUUGAACAACCGGCCCAUGGACUAUGUUUAUUGCAAUUUUAUUAUAUUACCAUUUAUACCAUCGACUUCAACGUACAGUAUUAUAGAACAUAAAUAUGAAAAUCAGGAGGAUGAGCAGUCACAUUCUCUUACCAAAUCUGACAGUCUUUUAAGAAAGACCGCCUUCUUGUCGCGUGCUUUGAAGCCGAUUUCAAAAUAUUCACAAAUAUUCUUUAGCAUUGGAAUAUUAAAUGGUUUUAACUUUCCCUCACGGUAAUAUUGGCAAAUGUUAAAAUUUUCAAAAACAAUUGGGUGCUGUAAACCAAUUUCGUCUCUCAAACGCGCCAUUAUCUCUUCAUGCAUUUUCUCCUGUUCAGCAUUGGCCGCAUCUUCUGCCAAAGUAUCCAGUUCCGUCUCACUGUCCUCAUCAUAACUAAUAGAUGGUUGUUGUAGCCUGCGUUUUCUUCGAGCUGCGGCCAAACGAGAAAAGAAGCUUUUUAUUUGUGUCUUGGUAAGCCAAUCUUCACGAGUAAAAAUCCGUUCGCCACUUUCAUCUCUUGCCAUCCUCAUAUCCACUGAUACUUGCAUUGGAUCAGCCUUCCUUCCUGUUGCUUCUCUCAAGUCAAAUAUAGCAGUCAGAUAGUUUUUAACCCCUUCUGAGAACUUCCCUGUGGAUACUCUUUUCUGGAGGGCCCAACCCAUUGGAAGUGUCUCAGUGUCUUGAUUAUUGCUACAGGGAGUUGACUGCGUUACAACUUCUCCCGUCUUGUCAAUCGUAGCAAACCGUCCUGCCCAGUCUCGGCGCAAUUUAUCAAAAAAUCCCUCGCCAUCUGUGUUUGGUUUAGAAUGACGAUCGACCGCAACAUGCAUCUCAAGUUCAUCGAGUGUUUUGAAAGAAAAUGAGCAAUUUUCCUCGGUGCACUCGUAUAAGUUAUUUAUCUCAUGUUCCUCCGGUUUACUACUUUUUGGAGUGAAUGUUCGCAAUUGGUUUAUUGGGUAGAAACUUUCCGUCGUUAUUAAGUCUGUCGGAUCUUGGUCUUUGUUGAAAAUAUCAUCAUAUGCAAAAAAUUUUCCAGUCCCAAUGUUUAAUGCUUUCCACGCUCGUAAUCCAGUGUGCUCGUACGAAAAGUUAUGGUAAUUACUAAAGUUUAGAAGUUUGUUCACUUCCAGAGUGCACUUUGACUUAUGAAGUACACAAACUGCUGCUGUAGUUGCGCGUACUGGUCUUUCCAUCAAUGCCUUCCUCAUAUCCAUCGCUGUCAGAAUAUCAUGUCCUUCGUUGCAGUACACGCGAAUCGAGUUCUUCAUAGGACAAAUAAUUCGAUCACAAAGGUCUUUGCCAUGCUGUGGCUCCGACAAAUCAUAUCUUUCGAUUUUAAUUCCACUUCUUCUGCCAACAUCACGUAAGGCGGCAACGAGAAAGUUAUUAUAAUAGCACCCAGCCUCGUCAGAGCGCAGGUAUGCUUUUGUUAUCUGAGGAUUCCCUCUUUUUAUUUCGUUCAGCAGAUUUUCCAGAAUCGACAAUACUGCAUACCAAUCUUGUGCGCAUGAAUCAAAUAAAUGAGCGUAGGAGAUGACAUCAAACAUUCCCGAGUCUCGCUUCAAAAUACAGCUGCUAAUAUGCCAGUUUAGACCCCGCUUUCCAAACCAAUCGGUUUGUUUCUCGCGAUAUUUUACUGUCAGAAAUUUCAUUGCCCAGUCACAAAGUAUAAACACGGAAUUAUUUUCCAGACCAUCAACCACAUCGUGCUUCGCUUUAUCUUGAUUCUGUGACCUUAAUAUGUGGGCUUUCCAUUGUUCAACUUGUACACGAGCGUUGGAAUAGUCGUACAAUAGAUCUUCCUGUUGUUCUUUGCUGUACAUAUUCGUUGCUGUGCAUAUAACCAUCCUUAUAUCCUCUAUAGUCUCUUUGAGGUUUUCGCAACUCGUACAUGAACUGGAAUGGGAACACUUUUUCUGCAGAUCUUUAUCUAUAGGGUCACUUAGUGCAAAGAUACGGCAAUGAUCGGCACAUGUGCUUUCGGCUUCUUGGCAGUGCGUCACAUAAUUUGUCUUGAAGUAGCGCUUCCGUUCCCUGAGAAAUCUCUUUUUGGUAUCAGCCCAUUCUUUAGAAAUACCAAUCUUUUCUAGUUCUUGUAUGAUGUUCUCCAAGCUUUCAAAUCCUGCCGCGCCGUCUGAAGCGAUGUUGUCAAGUCCUUGCAACGAUUUUCUUUGUGAGGCCUCUCUUACUUCCAGAAUUCUGUAAAGGGUUGAUCUACUGAGAGGAUCGAAGUUUUGCUCCUUACAGAACUCCAAGUACUGGAAUAUCAUUGUUGAUCUUGUUACCGUUCGGACUACGUUUGGCAUGGUAAGUUGCUCACCGGAAUCAAGUUAUAGCUUCCGUGUACCAAACGAAACGUCUUGAUAAAAGUAUGGUCGGUUAAUAAAUUGAAGAAAAUGAUCCGAUUUUUCAGUAUCGAUGCCAAUUCUCUGGUGCUUUUUGUUUUCUAUGGGAAUUCCUGGGCCAACCUUUUUUUUGCAUGCGCGCGAACUCGUUUAAUUUUCCAUUUUGUUAAACGUUCAUACGGUUCAUGAAAAUGCAUCAGUUUCUUGGCUGAAUAGCUGAAGGCGUACAAGCUUAGUAUCUGCAAUUUUAACUUCCUUGUUGGCGCGUCUCUAUAUGCUGUCAUCAUACCAACAAGCUCGCCACUUAAUGGUUCUUCGCGCGGUGGAUGGAUUGCUUCAAAGAAUUCUUCGGCUGCUUCUGGAGCGAUAACUUCACAGACAACAUGACAUGCUUCAGUUGCUUUUUUUACGCAGUUCGCCUUGAUAUCUGGCUUCAUUUGUUCCCAGUUGUGAUGAACCCUUUGCUCAACAGGCGAACAGCCCACGACAGAGGUUUUACCUGUGAUAUUUGACAGAAAUUCGUUUUUGGUCGUCAGAAUUUCUUCGUCAUCACUGUCAAGAAUAGUGUCUUCUUUUUCCUGUUCAUCGUCAUCUGGAAUCCACUCGCGUACCAUGCUCAACCGGGGAGCUCGUUUCGAAGUUGGUAAAGGAGUAGACUCUAAAAUUUCUUUAAUUUUCAUUGUAGCCAUAUCAAAAGCUAUCCUGCAAAUUGAAAUAUCAUAGUGAAAACGCAGCACUAUGGAGUUUUUGCCUCCACCAACCGAACCAAAUGUUUUGGAGAUGCGAGCCACACCCAGGCUAUAUGUGUUUUUUCAAUGUGGGUACUCUUUAAAUAUAGUUAAAUGAACGUGAUUGGGUCUUUCAUAGCUAAGCACCCAAACGAAAACAGCUUGCAAGCAUAAAAAAGAUUGGAUUUUUAUCAUACAAUACCUCUCUGUUGAAUCAUCAUCCUUCGUGGUUUCUUUAGGAGUGGUAAAAUUUAGCCAGCUGCUGGACGCCAUGGUCUCCUUAUAUUCCUUUCUGCAUUUAACACAUAUCGCUGAAUAGACGAAUGAAAGUUUAGUUAAAGUUAACUGAAGUUCAAACAGUUCCCAACCCGACACUUUGAAGGGUCUGGAGAAAAUAUUUCACCCUCCCUGCUAAUGAAAAAUGUACAAGAAAUUUUUGCACGGAAGAAAUUUUACUUAAUUAGAAUGACCUACGCGGCAAUCCUUUGCAAGGGCAAUAUACCAAUUCUGUUUUGCAAAUAACUUUUAAAGAACAGGAUUAAUUUGAAAAGUUCUUACGUGAUCCAACAGGAACAUGGACUUGGUACAACUGUUGUAUAUUUUUGCACAUGUCUACUCCAAUCGUAUCGCGCGUUUUUAGUGCCGUUCGCUUGCCAUUGUGUUUAGGGUAGUGGCAGGAUAGGCGAGAUGGUCUCCACUGCUUUCCAAGACAGAGUCGGUGCUUUGUACAGAUCCACAUUGCAUCUAUUUGUCCCUGGCGAAGAUUGACUAUUCCUGCCCUUAAAAGGAUUAACUCUACUUCUGUUAGUGUUUCAGAAGAAAGAUGAUUAGUUCGAAGGUGAUGUUUUAUGUCACUUUGACAUUCUGUCAGACGAAUUAGUUCCUCACUGCAGCAAGAGUAUUCUUCUUUUCCUCCGAUAAAACAACAUAGCGAAGACAUCGUUAAAUCGAUAAUAUUAAUGGGACAGAACUACGUUUGCAAUAAAAUAAUAUUAGAAAAACAUCGAUGUAAAAGCUAGAAACGCCCAGUGACUGAAAUUGAUGAUGACUCAUAUGCAUGUUGAUUUCAAUUAUGCAUACCGGAAGUAUAGUACCGUGAUGGAACAAUAUAUGGGAAAGUAUUUAAAUAUAAAUAAGAUUUUUGAUAAUAGUAGAAAUAUAUAAAGCACGAAUAUUCCCGGUCACUACGGAACGUUCCCGGUCUUUACUAAACUUUCAUCAUCACACGUUUGUUUACCAGACUUGCAAGGUACAACGCGUAAAACAUUAAAAGUAAUGGUCAACUCUGUGCGUGACCUGUCGUCUUUUGUUGUUGGCAAUGCGCUAGAAUCGAGAUAUUUUCUAUAUUUAUGAUUUUCCAGAAGUUUCAAGUAGUUUUUAGUCUUAAACCUAUUUCACAUUACUUUGAUAAAAUACAAUACUUGUGUUUUUGCAACCGUUUAGCGAAUUAUUCUGGCCAACGAGUACUUGAACAGUUGGCAGUGCCAAUUAUUUCCGUUUGCGAAUUAAGCCGAAUUUGAUGGAUAAUGACAGCAUACUGUUGAAGAAACACAAACAGAUCCACACGAAGUGACACAUUAUAUUAUUCAACUAAUUAUUAUAUAACACAACUAUGGUAGUUAGUUGUGGAAAUUUCAAUCCAGAUUCGGGAAUAUCAAAUUCUACUCGACGUGGUGUGUUGGCCGUACAAACAAGGCGGAUCAGACGUGGUUACGUUGUGCAAAGUUUUUAAAUAAAUAAUACAUGAAAUCAAGGAUGUUAGCGUUAACGAUAAAUAUCCAAGCGGAAUUGAGAUUGGAAGUCAGAGUUCCGCGUAUGCGGCAACCGAAUUUAGUAGGAAAUGUCGUGUUUAGACGGCAUUUUGCCUCCGAGAUCCAUGUGGACUAUUGAUUGGUAUAUCUGGAUAAAAAUAAAAUAUUUGAGAAAAGUAAAACCGAUUCAGGUAAUUAAAAGGCCAAACCUUCCUGGUCAUAAAGUUUUACUUUUUACGUAAAAUACGGUUACAGUUUUACUUUUUAAAAUACGGUUACAGUUUUACGGUUAAAGUUUUACUUUUUACGUAAAAUUUUACUUUUUACGGGUUUACUUUUUACGUAAAAUAUGAGCUAGCUCGAGUGGUCGGUUUUUAGGGAGACAGCCUCUUAAUUACUUGAGCGAAAAAGCCUCUACUAAGCAGGCUAGGUUUGUAAACGCAAAGAAUGAGCCGUUCUAUGGGGGAGCAGAAUUUGCACCGGUUCAUUUAGAAUUUUAUAUACCACAAUUACCGAAUUGGCCUUCCAAUCUUCCAUCUUCUGGCGCACUGAAUUUACAGUGACGGCCAUCUUUUAACAGGUUUGUCACCGUGCCUGCCUCAUUUAUACAACACUUCUUUAGCACAAACCUUGCUGACCUACGCUGAACGCUUUCAAUGGGAUCCAUGCUAUACGUCAUGCUGCUAUAUUCGCACUAUAUAGUAAAUCCGAAAAAUGGGGACUUUGAGCAAGCUACAUUCAUCUAUGAGCUGGCAGCAGUCCAACUGACAAUAACGAUUUGGCAUCAACAAUGGAUUCACAAUUCAACACUAGAAAGCUGCUUCCUAAGAAGAACUAUUAUUGGAGUUUUCGUUGCUGUGCCAUUAGCCUGUAAAUUCAAUUUAAGCAGUCACUGAACAGAAUAAAAACAUAUGUAAAUGCAUUUCAAAAACAUUUGGAAAGUGUCAUGAAACCCAAAGCUUCCAAACACCGACCAUCUACGGUUUCUAAAUCCGCUCGACGUGACAAGUUAUAACUAUAUGCUGAAGUGAGUGGAUAAAAUGGUUAUACCAUUGCUGUUGUCAUCUUUUUGACAACUGGUUUUCUUUCUCUUCUUCUUCUUCUUUCUACUCUUUUUCUUUUCUACAUCUUCCUGCACUUCUAUUUGUUCCUCGUCUGUAAAAAAAAUCAAGGUGGGCUUAAGAUACGAGAAAAUUAAGCUAAAUGUUGAUUACUUAAAGACUGGUAAAAAGAGUAAGUGACUCAUUUAGAACAAUAUCUAAAACUACCUUAAUAAAAAUACCUUCUACUGCAUGUAUACUCAUUACGUUACAUGCGACAAGCAGUUAUUUUGCUACUACAGGUAUAUAUACAGUACAUUACAAAAACUAUAUAUACAGUAUGCAUUUAAUGUUAGUACGCAAACUAACCUGUGGGAUCUUCCUUUGAUUCAGAUAACGCUUCAUCCCUACUUGUAGGCACUUCCAAGCCACUAGAACAAGGUAAACCUGUUGAUGUUGCAUCAGAUGUUGUCAGCAAUUCCCGCUUCUUAUUUCGUUUUUUCCUCUUGGUAUUUCCAGAUUGGUUUGGCAUGACUAUAAUUAUAGAAACAAAUAGACAACGUAACACCUAUACAGCCUCUGGGUUAAGACAUUUUCCGAUUCAGCCGACACCUGGAGCCAGUUGUAUAAAAACGUCGUUAACUUUAACUUGCUGUGAUGGAAUUUUGUCUAGACUUGUUGAGAUCAAAAUUUUGAUUAAUAUGGGAUUGGUCUAUUACAGUCGAUUUCACGAAACUUUGACCACAUAUGUUCCGAAGUUCGUUGCGAAGUUCAAAAGUUCAUGAGAUUCACAAACCAGUUUGUAAACUACGCAUUUGAUUUUUACUUCUGGGACCAAUCAGGGACUUUGUUUACAAAUUGACUUGUGAAUUCCAAUAUGAACUUCUGAACUUAGUCUUCGCAACGAAUUUGCGAACUUUGCAACGAAGUUGAGUUCGGAACAUUUGUGGUCAAAGUUUCGUGAAAUCGACUGUAAGUCGUGUAGUUAACUAAUCAUAGUUAAGGAUUUAACUACAGCUAGUGAUUAAUGCUAAUCAAUGAAAGAGCAUCACAAAAUUAGUUAUAUUCCAAAGUUUCGUUGCGAAAUGUUGUAAAAUGCGGAUAAUAUAGCAUUGCGAAAUUUGCCAUUUUCAGUCAUUUUGUAUUACGAGCGGGAAACGGUUACCCACUUUUCCAAAAUUUUGAUCUCAACUAGCCUAAACAAAAAUUUCAUCACAGCUUGAGAGAGCAUCACUAAAUUAGUAAUACUCCAAAGUUUCAUUGCGAAAUGUUGUAUAAAAUGCGGAUAACAUAGCCUUGCGAAGUUUGUAAUUUUCAGUCAUUUUGUAUUUUUUUAAUACAAACGGGAAAUGGUUACCACUUCGGUAACUGUGUCGGUAUUUGUAUUAGCAUUUUACAGGACAAUUAGCAUACCAUAGAAUAUGUAAUUAUGUAUAAAGGCUGUCUCAUGAUGAAGCCAGCAUCAUUUGGAAUGCAUACUUGUACGAAGAUAGACCGGUUUUACUGUUAGAUAUAUCUUAAUAAAACAUUCUUAUAAAACCACGACGUUACAUGAUGUCAGGAGUGGGAUCUCCUUCAUCAAAGCUUAGUCAAGCUUUAAGCUUUUGACGAGGGAAAUAUAAUUGAACUGAAGUAAACAGAAACAAGUGAAGCGAAACCGUCGAAAUAUGUCAACUGCAGACAAGAAUAGCGACGAGUGUAAAAUGGCAGAUAUAAACUUUCAAGCCAGACUAUCGCCACCGUCAAGACUCGAACUAACUGGUAACCUAGCUGUGAACUGGAAGAGGUUUCAGAGAUCGUGGAAGAACUACGAAAUCGGAUCACGACUAAAAGAAUUAAGAUUGGAGAUGCGAACGGCAACGCUAUUAACAUGUAUUGGACCGGACGCUUUAGAUAUACUCGAGGGACUUGAUUUCGAAGAGGAGUCACAAAGAAAUAACAUUGACAUUGUCAUGAAAAAGCUCGAAGAAUAUUGUGUGGGCGAAACGAACGAGAUAUACGAACGAUAUUGCUUUAACAAGCGGGAUCAGGAAAUUUACGAAACAGUUGAACUCUACGUUACGGUCCUUCGAAAGUUGGCAAAGACAUGCAAUUUUGGGACUCUUGAAAACAGUUUGAUAAGAGACCGACUCGUUGUGGGCAUUCGGGACAAUAAUAUACGAAAAAGAUUGCUUCAAGUUUCAAAGUUAACCCUGAAAGAUGCCAUUGACAUAUGUAGAUCAUACGAAAGUACGUGUCUGCAGCUGAAAGCGAUGUCACAAGAAGCAGAAGUUCAUAAAGUUGACAAAGCGAAGCCUGGUUUCGAGCGAUCUCUGAAACGAGUUGGAAGUGAGGUAAGCCGUAAAGUUACAACAUGUAAAUUCUGUGGGAAGUCUCACCCAAUGAACAAACUUAUGUGCCCAGCAUGGGGAAAAAACUGCAACGCAUGUGGCAGAAAGAAUCAUUUUGCUGUGAUGUGUAGUGUAAAGCCACGGGAAAGGCGGGAAUCUCUAAAGUGGGUCGAAGACGUAGAUUCUGAUGAAUAUAUCGCAUGUGUUGAAUUAAAAGAAAAUGUGUGCGCUGUUGAGGUCAGCCAAAACAAACAGUUGAACUCUACGUUACGGUCCUUCGAAAGUUGGCAAAGACAUGCAAUUUUGGGACUCUUGAAAACAGUUUGAUAAGAGACCGACUCGUUGUGGGCAUUCGGGACAAUAAUAUACGAAAAAGAUUGCUUCAAGUUUCAAAGUUAACCCUGAAAGAUGCCAUUGACAUAUGUAGAUCAUACGAAAGUACGUGUCUGCAGCUGAAAGCGAUGUCACAAGAAGCAGAAGUUCAUAAAGUUGACAAAGCGAAGCCUGGUUUCGAGCGAUCUCUGAAGCCGAGCUUCGAGCGAUCUCUG